UGCCAGGUCGAUCCCCGGCCGCCGCCGCCGCCGUACUUCUCUCUUGCUUCUGUGCGGCGACACGUGUCCCCCGCGACCUCUCCUCUCGCCCGGUCAGGUUUCGGGGACUCCGCCUCCGCUCCCUGUCACGUGUGCACGGCGGUGGGAAGGAACUUGCAGAGUAGCGGCCGGAGCCCCGCAGAGCUUGAGCGGGCGCCGUAGAGCGGAGCUCCCGUUGGGAAGAUGGAGGAGGACGACGAGAGCGGAUUCGGCGAGGGCAAGAGCCACCCAUUCGCUGAGGCAAGACCUGACUCAUUCCAGGAAGCAGCAGCCAGUCAGCAAGUCAGACACGCAGGUAUCUCCCCAGUCAAGUCACAACUCCCUUGGAACGGACAUUGAGAGUGGCCUGCAGCGUCUCUGUGCCCCUGGCAGCAUGGUGCUCAGGAUGGAGAGUGUGCCCAGUGACCUGACCCCUGAAGAGUGCCAAGAGCUUGAGAACAUACGUCGGCGCAAGCAGGAACUGCUGGCAGACAUACAGCGUCUGAAAGAUGAGAUAGCAGAGGUGACUAAUGAAAUCGAGAACCUGGGCUCAACAGAAGAAAGGAAAACCAUGCAGAGGAACAAGCAGGUGGCAAUGGGUAGGAAGAAAUUCAACAUGGACCCUAAGAAGGGGAUCCAGUUCCUGAUAGAGAAUGACCUCCUGAAGAACACACGUGAUGACAUUGCCCAGUUCCUCUACAAGGGGGAGGGGCUCAACAAGACUGCCAUUGGUGACUACUUGGGUGAAAGAGAUGACUUCAAUAUCCAGGUGCUGCAUUCAUUUGUGGAGCUCCAUGAGUUUACUGACCUCAACCUUGUGCAAGCACUGCGGCAGUUCCUUUGGAGCUUCCGACUGCCAGGUGAAGCACAAAAGAUUGACCGGAUGAUGGAAGCAUUUGCACAACGAUACUGUCAAUGCAACCCUGGUGUCUUCCAGUCAACAGAUACCUGUUAUGUGCUCUCCUUUGCCAUCAUCAUGCUGAACACCAGCCUCCACAACCCAAAUGUCAAGGACAAACCAACUGUAGAGCGCUUCAUCGCCAUGAACCGUGGCAUCAAUGAUGGUGGGGACCUGCCUGAGGAGCUGCUGCGGAAUCUCUAUGAGAGCAUAAAAAAUGAGCCCUUCAAAAUUCCUGAAGAUGAUGGCAAUGACCUAACACAUACUUUCUUCAACCCAGACCGUGAAGGUUGGCUUCUGAAGCUUGGAGGUGGCCGGGUGAAGACAUGGAAACGGCGCUGGUUCAUCUUGACAGACAACUGCCUUUACUACUUUGAGUACACCACGGACAAGGAACCACGAGGCAUCAUUCCACUGGAGAACCUGAGUAUCCGUGAGGUGGAGGAUUCUAAGAAACCGAAUUGUUUUGAGCUGUAUAUCCCUGACAACAAAGACCAGGUGAUCAAGGCCUGUAAGACUGAGGCAGAUGGGCGGGUGGUAGAAGGGAACCACACUGUUUACCGCAUCUCUGCACCCACCCCAGAAGAGAAGGAGGAGUGGAUCAAGUGCAUCAAAGCUGCCAUUAGCCGGGACCCAUUCUAUGAGAUGCUUGCAGCCCGAAAGAAGAAGGUUUCCUCCACCAAGAGGCAUUAGGCACCUGCUUGUUUUAUGCAGCCAUGAUGUUGACAGGGGAUGUUUUUCAGCCCUCUGGUACAGGGGAACCAGAGACUACAUGGAACCGCCUGCUCUGUAUUGCUACCCUGAGGGGACUAGCUUCAGCUUUUGCUAAUCUUUUCUGGUUUGAGGGCAGGAAGAGUUGGUGGAAGGGGGAGAUAUGCCAUUGGCAGGCACCAACUCCUAAAGACUUUAUUUGCAAGAAUGCCAUCUCCCUGCCAGCCCCUCAGCUGGGCAGCUUGAAGCCAGUUGUGUCUUUGGUAGCCCAGGGGGCAGGGAGAAAAUGUGGUUAGGAUCUUUCCUACUACCAUAGCCAGAUGGGCAUAAAUCUAUUCAAGCUGUCAUUGGAAAGAGUGAAUUGCACCAGGCUUCAUGUUGACAGCCUGACAGUCCCAGAACCAAGGAUAAACCACAGACUGCCAAAGGCAGAGAUCAGUCUGCAAUAGGGUGAAGGGUAAGACUUUCUAGCAUUGAAACAUAAAGGUUUCCAUGGCACUCGGGUUGCUGUGAUUCCUUAUUCCUUGGUUGUGCAAGCCUGAAGGCUUCCUUUCUUAAAGCAAUUGUAUUGUGCACUCUGUUACAUUUAAUUUCUGGGGUUGUCUUCAACAAGAAAUUUUAUUAACCAUGUUGGAAAUAAGCAAGCAAGGGAAUUGGCCCCAACAGCCAGCAUGGAUGAAUAAUGUAAGGCUGCUGCUUCCAGAAUUUCAAUUGCCUUCGUUCUAGAGGGCAUCUCUUUAAGCUGUCUCUGAUGCUAUGUCAAAAUGAGAUCAGCUGGGCUCAGUUUGGCCAUCCAACCAUCCUGAGAAGGCAAUAUGGAUGUGCAUGCAGUUGUGCGUAUGGAGGAGGCAUUAACCAUUGUUGACACAUUAUAGGCUGCUUUUGUCAACAAUUGCUGGACUGAUCCCAGUUGAGCAUGAUCCUGUCCCUUCAAUAGAUAGGAUCUGCACUUUCCAGCCUCAGUUUAAGCUCAUGUGUUGCUGAGGAACAGAAAAGAAAAGGCAUGAAGCAGUCAUGGCAGAAAGAAGUGUUGAAGAACUGGCACUGGAGUUUUCUAACUUCAUCUGUCCUGUUUCACUUGCACUUUUCAGUAGGAGUGGAGUUGGGUGACCUGAAAUGAAGUCCACCCUAGACCAGUGGGAGGUAGUAGAAGCACAAGGACAGGUGGUUGUUGGCUAGGUAAUUAUUGGGAGCCCACGGAGGGAGGGGGCAAGGGUCCAUAUGAUGGGGCAUGAUGGCUCAUAUUUGAAACAUGGAGAUGGGGUGGCAUAAGAAGACUGCCUUCCCUUGUCGAUGAAUUCAUCAUGCUCCUUGGCCAGCUCCAGUUCUCCACCUCAGUAUUAGUCUAUUUAUCUGAGAUGUAUAUACUUUCUGUAUAGAGUUUUCCCCCCUUUUAGAUUAUUUUGUAUUUGUUUUAAAUAAGAUGAUUGUUUUUGUGAAACUUAACAGGAUUCUGAAAUGUGGCUGGGGCACAAGGGGAAUGUGGGAGGAGGGGUGGAAGUUUCUCUGGGUCAAUUGGUUUGGUUACAGUUUUGAGUCCUUUUUCCAGGGUUUUUGUUUUGUUUUGCCACAGACUUGUGAUCUAGCACACAGCAACCACAGCAAAUAAAUGUUGAUCUCACACUUGG